UGGCCAGCAGCUCCCCAGCUCUCUCUCUAACUUUCUCUCUCUAGCUUCCUCUCUCUUGAGUCCGCGAACUCGACCGCCUUCGCAUUGACGUCUAUGGCGCUGUCCCGGGCCUACGUGACUUUCCUGGCCGGCCACAGGGACGACGUCGAGGGAGUGGUCGGGCUGGCCAAGGGGCUGCGGAAGGCGAGGUCCGCGUACCCGCUGGUGGUCGCCGUCCUAGCCGUGCCCGAGGAGAACCGGAAAAUCCUGGAGGAGCAGGGGUGCGUGGUGCGGGAGAUCCAGCCCGUGUACCCGUUUGAGAACCUGACCCAAUUCGCCACGACAUACUACGUCGUCAACUACUCCAAGCUCCGUAUUUGGGAGUUUGUGGAUUACCGAACGAUGGUAUUCCUGGAAAGCAACAUGCAGGUGUUCCACAACAUUGACGACCUCUUCAACAAGCCGGCUGGCUUUCUCUAUGCAGUGCCAGAAUGCUUCUGCGAGAAGACGUGGAGCCACACCUCCCAGCACGAUCGUGGUUACUGCCAGUGCCAGCAUAGGCCCAACGGGGACCAGAUGGACCCGCCCCCAUCCUACUUCAAUGACAGCAUGUUCGUGUUUGAGCCCAACAUCACCAUCUACAACAGACUCUUCAACAUUCUUCAAAACACCCUUCCCUCUCCAGUCGCCAUGCAGGAGUGCUUGAACACGCACUUCAGGGACAUAUACGCGCCUCUCUCUCUUGAGCACAACCUUGCCCUCUCCAUGCUAUGGCGUCACCCGGAGAAGGUGAACCUCGAGACGGUGAAGGUCGUCCACUAUUGCGAGGCGGGUACGAAGCCAUGGAGGUACACUCGGCAAGAGGAGACAAACAACAUGCAGGGAGGGAGCAUCGAUAUGCACGUCAAACAACUGUGCAAACUCGUGGUUCAAAAGGAGAUCGAUACUCUCGUCAACAGAUGGACGGGUAUCUACGAGGACGAGUCUCUCGACUACAAGAACUGGAUGGGGUGGCUGAUGACGGGCCUGGCCCUGGUCAGUUGUCAAAUGAACCGGUGGCAGACUAAUUAGGGUGAGGGAAAAUCUCAUGUUUUAAGGUAGGUACUGUCAACGUAGAAAAUGAAAUAAUAUGUCCUUUCAAGGAGUGCGGCUUGAGGCUUAUGCCGUUUUCC